AUGGCACAAGUUGAGGCACAAGGAAUGUCGGGUGGUAUAACUUUACUAUGGAAUGCAGAUUUGGUAAUUGUGGAUCUAACAAUGACUACACAGGAGGUGAACUGUAUGGUCCAGUUUAUUGCACUUUUACAGAUAACGGUUGAGACAGGUCUUAUAGGGAGGCAGGCUAGUGGGGCAGUUACAGUUACAGAUGGAGAAACUAUUAUCUAUACAACUGUUUGUUUAGCUGAUGUCCCAAGCGAGCCUUCUGAUUUUUUCCCUCUUUCUGUUCAUUAUCAAGAACGUUUUUCAGCAGCUGGUCGGACGAGUGGGGGAUUUUUUAAACGAGAGGGGAGGACAAAAGAUCAUGAGGUUCUCAUUUGUAGAUUGAUUGAUAGGCCUUUACGUCCAACCAUGCUUAAGGGAUUCUACCAUGAAACUCAAGUACUUUCUUGGGUAUUAAGUUAUGACGGUUUGCAUCCACCAGAUGCCUUGGCAGUUACGGCUGCUGGAAUUGCUAUGGCUUUGUCAGAAGUACCAAGUUCAGAAGUUAUAGCAGGAGUUCGAAUUGGUCUUGUUGGUGAUAAGUUCAUUGUGAAUCCAACCAUUCAGGAAAUGGAAAACUCGAAGUUGGAUUUGUUACUAGCAGGCACAAACAAUGCAAUAUUGAUGAUUGAGGGGUAUUGUGAUUUUCUUCCGGAGGACAAGUUGCUUGAAGCUGUAGAAGUUGGGCAGGAUGCUGUGCGGGGUAUCUGCAAAGAGGUGGAAGCUUUAGUGCAAAAAUGUGGAAAGCCAAAAAUGCUUGAUGCAAUCAAAUUACCUCCUAAAGAGCUGUAUAAGCUAGUCGAAGAAAUUGCUGGCAAUGAGUUGGUGGAAGUGCUACAAAUUAAAAACAAGAUUCCAAGAAGAAAGGCAUUAUCAUCAUUGGAAGAAAAAGUUAUAAGCAUAUUGUCUGAGAAGGGUUAUAUCAGUACAAUGGAAGCUUUUGGGUCUACUGAAACAUUACCAGAUUUGCUAGAGGAGGACGAGGAUGAAGAAGUGGUUGUUGAUGGUGAAGUUGAUGAGGGUGAUGUUCACAUAAAGCCAGUUGCAAGGAAGAGUGUCCCAUUGCUGUUCUCUGAGGUAGAUGUGAAGCUGGUAUUCAAGGAAGUUACUUCCAAACUUUUGCGGAAACGAAUUGUGGAGAGAGGUAAGAGAAGUGAUGGCAGGACCCCUCAGGAGAUACGGGUGAUUGACGCACGCUGUGGACUGCUUCCCAGGGCACAUGGGAGUGCUCUCUUCACUCGAGGUGAAACACAGUCAUUGGCGGUGGUAACACUUGGUGAUAAGCAAAUGGCACAGAAGAUAGACAACCUUGUGGAUGAUGAUGAAUACAAGAGAUUUUAUCUUCAGUAUUCGUUUCCACCCUCAUGCGUUGGUGAAGCUGGGCGUGUAGGGGCACCAUCAAGAAGAGAAAUUGGUCAUGGAAUGCUUGCAGAGAGAGCUCUUGGACCAAUACUGCCUCCUGAAGAUGACUUCCCUUACACUGUUCGUGUUGAGAGUACCAUCACUGAAAGCAAUGGCUCAUCGAGUAUGGCAUCUGUAUGUGGUGGGUGCUUAGCAUUGCAAGAUGCUGGUGUUCCUGUUAAGUGUGCUAUCGCUGGUAUUGCAAUGGGUAUGGUUCUGGACACAAAGGAAUUUGGUGGAGAUGGAACUCCACUCAUCCUUUCUGACAUAUUGGGUUCUGAAGAUGCAUCAGGAGAUAUGGAUUUCAAGGUUGCUGGAAGUGAUGUUGGUAUUACCGCGUUUCAGAUGGACAUAAAGGUAGGAGGAAUUACGUUGCCAAUCAUGAAACAAGCUCUCUUACAAGCAAAAGAUGGACGAAAGCACAUUCUUGCUGAGAUGUCAAAAUGCUCGCCACCCCCUUCAAGAAAGCUCUCAAAGCAUGCUCCGCUAAUCCAUGUUAUGAAGGUUAAACCAGAAAAAAUAAACCUCAUCAUUGGCUCUGGGGGGAAGAAGGUGAAGAGCAUUAUUGAAGAAACUGGUGUUGAAGCUAUUGAAACACAAGAUGAUGGCGUGGUAAAAAUAACUGCAAAGGACUUGUCAAGCCUGGAAAAGUCAAAAGCCAUCAUAAGUAGUCUAACGAUGGUUCCGGUUGUUGGUGACAUAUAUAGGAAUUGUGAGAUUAAAUCUAUUGCACCUUAUGGAGUUUUUGUGGAGAUUGUGCCUGGACGAGAGGGAUUAUGCCAUAUCAGUGAGCUGAGUGCAAAUUGGCUAGCCAAGGCUGAAGAUGCUUUCAAAGUAGGAGACCACCUGGAUGUCAAGCUCAUUGAGAUCAAUGACAAGGGGCAACUUCGUUUGAGCCGGCGUGCAUUACUCCCUGAUCCCGAGCCAGAGAAGCAAAGUGCAAAGCCACGCAACGCUAGCCUUUCAAAUGACAAUGUAGUUUCACCAAAAACUUUAGAUAAGGGUAAACCUAAGAAAGCUGUGACCGUAUCAAAUGAUGGUUCAGCAUCAAAAAGUGUGGAAUCUCUCAAGGACAAAACAGUUCCUAUGAAGUUAUCAAGCCCAGGGAAAGAAGCAGCCAAGAGAUUAGUAAGUCCAGAAAAUGAUGGACCAGACAAGCCCCAAACGAAGAAAAGUGGCGGCAACAUCUCCAGCAAAAGCGGAAAUGCAGUAGUCAAUGGAGAGGCAAAAGUUGUAUAAUAAACCUAUACGAUGGGAGUGUGAUUCAGAACCACUUUUGAAAAUGUUGCAGGUGUCUGCUGUCCUCUGAGAUGGAAAUAAAAGAGAUAGGGACUUCAGAAGAGUUGAGUUAUUGGUUUGGCUGAACUUCAAACAUAGUUCUUUUUGCUCCGUGAAACUGAGAGGGGUUAUGAUUCAAGCUUUGGCAUGAGAUUUAACAGGUUUUGUUCUGACGGGUUUAACAGUGGAAGAAAAUCUAAAUGGAGUAAUUUUCUUGGCAUGCAUCCCGCGAUCGAGAUACAUGGUUCUGAGAGAUCAGUAUGAUCAGUCUCUAUACAUCAAUGAAGUUUUUUUUUUUCUUAUCUGCUGUAACGGCUAUGUAUGAUUGAAGUUAGAACUGCAAGCUGCCAGAGCGCCAGCAAAUUAAACUUGAAGCCAAGUACUAAGAUUUAGGUGCCAUUGUCCUGGAUAUCUUCGGUUUCCACCAGAAAUUCCAGGUUCAGAGCCGUAGUAUUAGAUGUAAUACCUUGAAGCUAUCAACAGAUGGUCGAUGCUACUAAAGUCCACUUCAUUUUGAUAUCCAUAAAUAUAUACAUAUAUGUCUGUUGGGCAGUGUUCUUUAUGCUUGUACAAAUAUCAGAUUGAUAAUUACAGGAAUGCCGACUUGUGUGGGACCUA